GUGAGAUCUUGCGAGAUCUAUCGAACCAAUCAGAAAGCGUCGUUGAUGUAAACUCCAAUGGCGGAUGAUUGAAACUAAAUUCAACUUUUUAUUCAAUAUUUGUGGCAUGUUUUAAUAACUCAAAGUCAAGCCAUUGAAGAAGAAUGAUGUCCGUGGAAAUUGAUGAAGAUCUUAGGGAGCAGAGCAAGCUUCUUCUUCGUAAGCUGAAAGAUAAACAGUCCAGAUUACAACAAAGUUUUGUUAGUACCUCCUCUACCAGGGAUCCAUCUACAUAUGAUAACAAUGGUGAACAGGGUCAAUCUUCAUUGUCCAGCGUAACCAUGACAAAACAAGCUAGAGGGGAGAGAACUAAGAGGUCUCCAGUACGGAGGUUUGGAAACAACCAAGACUCAAAUUGUAGAAGUAAUUUAACUGAGAGAAUGGAUACAGGUUUACAGAAGUCUGUCUCAAACACUCCUAGUAGAGAAGUUAGAGCAAGACUACAUAGAAGGAGAACUCAAUCAAGAGAAGAAACAGAUCAGGCAGAUUUGAAACGUGGACGCAAUUCCAACAAAGAAAAUCUUGUUGAGACUUCCCCAAAGAAAUCAUUCCAAAGUAAAGAUUUAAAUGUAGAAAGUCAAGAAUAUUUAAGCAGGGACACUAAUACAGAGUUAUCUAACUUGAGAAAAGACAUAGAGGAAGUUUACAUGGAUGAUCUUAAAGAAAAUGCUCAUCAUGAUAGUUAUGCAGAGACUGCGGCAAAAGGUUCGGGGACUCCAAAUACUCUCCGAAGGAGGCGAAUUAUUGAUCAGAAUGUGAAAGUUAAUGGAAUGGCGAAUCUGAACGCUAGCGAGCUGUUGAAGGAAUGUGAAGAUGAGUAUCCUCGGUUAAACUACAGCUAUUCCAAUGUGGAAGACAGUGAUCUGAAGUUCUUGCAGGAGAGACUGGGAACUGGUACAGGUGUUAGUGAUGAUGACGAUAUACCUGUAAGAGAUACAGAUCCAAUAUCUGGUGAAGAGAAUUAUUCCAAAAAUCUGGGUAACCCUGGUAACAGUAGGAAAAUUGCCAAAUUUAUAAAAGAAACCAAAAAGCCCAAAUCAAUAUUGCUGUCCACUAGCAACAGAUCAAACAGGUCUACAUCUGGUACAAGUAACACAAGUCGGGUCAGUUUCCGAAGUCCAACACGGGACGCAUCAGGAAGUUUGACCUUUCAGAUGGACUCUAUCUCCAAGCAACAACAGAAAAUGCUGGGAUAUGAUUGGAUAGCGGCCUUGCUUGACAACGACUCCAAUGCCAUCAACCAAUCAGAGACUUUCUUUGAAGAUUUGAAAGAAUUUAGACGUCUGAAUUUAGAGGAAUGUGUAAACUCUAUGUACAUGGACAGUCCCCAGCAAUUGUGGGAACACCCAGAAAGAGAGCCACUUCCUGUACAGAAAGCCCUGGAAGAAACAAGACAAAAGGAGAACCCAGUAUCAGAGGUGAAGCCGUACGUUGUUAACAACAGAUUGUUUCCCGAGCCAAUUAAGAAAAGUCUUUUUGCCGAUUAUGAUUAUCAGGAGCCAGAUACCAGUCAUGUGAAAGAGAAGGAACCAACCUAUGAUGAACCAAGAUUUGUGCGAGUGAGUAUACCAAGAUCUACGUUAAUGCCUCCACACAGAGUUAAACCUCAUCGUAGAAAUAGUUUUGAUGGCACAGAUUCCAUGGCUUUGUCACAGCAUUGUUUGAAGGGUUGGAACACGACACAGCCUGCCAUGGUACCAGCUUCCUCUAACAUAGCUCUGAGAGAUGCCACCACUGGGAUCAAAUCCUCCAUGAAAACUACUUUGAGUGAGGCAGAGAGGCUGGCAGCUAAUUACCCGUACCACUGGGACGCCGCGGAGCAAUCAAUUUGUAAACCAAUGCCAGCACCCACUUACCGUCCCGAGGCCAAGUACACGGACACGAUAUGGCCAUCAGUACACACUAAUACAUCAGCAUUUAGCCAGUCUUCCCAGGGACUUAAACAGGCCACAGACGAUUUAUUGAACUCUACCUACUCACUGAUGUACGAGAUGAAACGACUUAAAAUGGAAAGAAGUGAUGACCCAAUUAGAUUAUAGUAAAUUUUAGUGUAAAUUUUUAUUCAUAUUUCAAAAUACUUCUAAAAAAAUAUUUCUAUUUUAUAAGUAUGAAAAAAAUUUGGGUUUUUUUGCUAGAAUAUUAGUACAAAUGAACCAUUUUUUGAAGUUCAUUUUGUAUACAUAACGAUAAGAAAGGGGCAAUAAUGCAUUUUAUUUCCAUGUGUAUUUAAAUGUGUCUUGUUUUAUAGGAGUGAGACUAAAAAAAGGAUUGGAGCACCACACUAAAUACCGUAUUUGGGUAUAUACCGGACACGGCGCUUGAAUGAUAAAAUGCUAAAAUCUUGCUUUUUAACCCAACGGAAUGAACUUUAAAAGGUCUAAUUCAUCUUUUCACACCGAUUUAUGUAUGAUAAUAAAUGUAAAAAUUGAAAAUUGGCAAAAAAAAACGAUAUUUGUCUAUUUUCUGAUAAUGAUUUCUGCAAGCGUCUAGAGGUACUGCUCCAAUCUUGUUUUGAGUUAAAUCCGUUUUAUAGUGGUAUUUUGAUAUUUUUGAUGAAUUUGAGUUGAAUUUAUGAUUUGCUUAAAUCAAUAAUUAUAGAGACAGUUAUUGUUUAUGGUAAAAGAUAACCGUUUGUUCAGAAAUGAACAAAAACUUUAUACCCUAUCCAGAUCAAAUUAAACAAGUUUGUUUUCUUUAUUUUGCUUAUUCACUUUUAAUGCUUUCCAAAGGGAAAGCCUCACGGCUUUGUCCGUCCGUCUUUCCACUUUUCUUGUCAAGGACAAAACAAGGUAUCAUCAAGAAACUUUGUAGGUAGAUAGAUCUCAUUGAAUAGAAGUGCAAUUCAAUAACUCUGUCUUGUCUAAGUUUUGAAUUAUUGCCCUUUUAUUCAUUUUUACACUUUGAACAUUGUCAGGAACAUAACUCUGAAACUACAAGAGAUAUCAACAAGAAACUUUGUAGGUAGAUAGAUCUCAUUAAGUAGAAGUACAGUGCAAAAGAACAGUAACUCUGCCUUGUCUAAUUUUGGAGUUAUUGGGUUUUUAAUCAUUUUUACACUGUAAACUUUGUCCAUGAUAUAACCAAAACUUCAAGAUUUCAACAAGAAACUACUUCUCUGUGUUUUAAACCUUUUCAGGGAACAUCACCCGGUUCGACCGGCUCUUGUUGAACCUUUCUAUAUUAUUUAGUUUACAUUAAAUAACAAGAAAAUCCUUAUUUAAACACUUGUCAUAGUCAGAAGUCUAUGUGAUGGGUGGGUUAGCCAAGACCGUUAACAAAAUAUGAUGAUUUGCUUUGAAAGUUACUGACACAAGUUUUUGCAUUUUGUAGUGAAAGUAUAUACAUGUAUUUAGAUAAAUCUGUGAUAAUUUUUUUCAUCAUGCAAUUGUAUUUAUUUUAAUAGUAUAAAGUUAAGAAACAAAUAAAAUAUAUAAGAUUGGUAA